AUGGCUGCUAGGCCUUAUGCCACUGGCCCUGCUUCAUUUGACAAUUCCACCACUGCUGGAAUCCUAGAAUACCAUAACCCUUCAAACAAAACCGAGAAAAUCAAUAAUCUUCCCUUAUUAAGACCGUUGCUUCCUCUGUUCAAUGAUACAACUUUUGCUACAAAAUUCAGUAAUAAAAUUCGGAGCUUAGCCAACGCGAAAUUUCCAGCCAAAGUCCCUCAAACAAUUGAUAGGCGCUUUUUCUUCACAAUAGGACUAGGACUGAGCCCGUGCGCUAAUCAGAACCAAAAUUGCCAGGGACCAAAUAACACAAUGUUAGCAGCUACUGUUAGCAAUGUGUCAUUUGUAAUGCCCAGUACUGCUCUGCUUCAAGCCCAUUUCUUCAAUAAAUCCAAAGGAGUCUACACCACUGAUUUUCCUACCAAUCCGCCAUUCAAGUUCAAUUACACGGGUACUCCGCCGAUCAACAUUAUGGUGACAAGUGGCACAAAAUUGGCAGUGCUUCCAUUUAACAUAAAAGUUGAGUUGGUGAUGCAGGAUACAAGCAUAAUUGGUGCAAAGAGUCACCCCCUCCACUUCCACGGCUUCAAUUUCUUCGUGGUAGGUCAGGGCUUUGGCAACUACAAUCCCAAUACGAAUCCAGCCAAGUUCAAUUUGGUUGAUCCGGCUGAAAGAAACACGGUUGGGGUUCCAUCAGGUGGGUGGGUUGCUAUUCGCUUCCUUGCAGACAAUCCAGGUGUAUGGUUCAUGCACUGUCACUUGGAAGUCCAUACAAGCUGGGGACUGAAAAUGGCAUGGAUAGUCUUGGAUGGAAAGCGCCAGAAUCAGAAGCUUCCACCUCCGCCAUCAGAUCUUCCCAAAUGCUAA